AUGAAAAGACAAAACCAAAGCUCUGUGGUUGAAUUCAUCCUCUUGGGCUUUUCUAACUUCCCUGAACUCCAAGAGCAGCUCUUUGUGGUUUUCUUGGUGGUUUGCCUGGUGACUCUGCUGGGAAAUGCCAUCAUCAUAGUCGUCAUCUCCCUGGAACAGAGCCUGCACGUCCCCUUGUACCUGUUCCUCCAGAACCUGUCUGUGGUGGAUAUGGGUAUCAGUGCGGUCAUUAUGCCUGUUAUGCUGGUGAUCCUUUCCACUGAGAAGAUGAGGAUUUUUACAGUGGGCUGUUUUGCACAAAUGUACUUCAUUCUUCUUUUUGGUGUGACUGAAUGUUUUCUUCUGGGGGCAAUGGCUUAUGACCGAUUUACUGCAAUCUGCCAUCCUCUGAGCUACCCAAUGAUUAUGAACAAAAUAGUUUUUGUGAAAUUAGUUACAUUCUCAUGGGUCUCAGGGAUCACAGUGGCUACUGUGCAGACCACAUGGGUGUUUAGUUUUCCCUUUUGUGGCUCCAAUGAAAUUAAUCAUCUCUUCUGUGAGACUCCACCAGUGUUAGAGCUUGCAUGUGCAGACACCUUUUUGUUUGAGAUCUAUGCAUUCACUGGCACCAUUCUGACAGUUAUUGUUCCAUUCUUGUUGAUAUUCUUGUCAUAUGUUCGAAUUCUCUUUGCCAUUCUGAAGAUGCCAUCAACCACUGGGAGGCAAAAGGCCUUUUCCACCUGUGCCUCCCAUCUCACAUCUGUUACCCUCUUCUAUGGCACAGCCAGUAUGACUUACUUACAGCCCAAAUCUGGCUACUCCCCAGAAACCAAGAAGCUGAUGUCCUUGGCUUACACGUUGCUCACACCUCUGCUGAAUCCACUGAUCUACAGCUUGCAAAACAGUGAGAUGAAAAGAGCUUUGAUGAAAUUAUGGAGAAGAAAAGUGGAUAUACAUACAUUCUGAGUGUGUUGAGAAACCAUGUGAUAUUUGGUCUUGUGUGACUACACUGUACUUAAAUUUACUUAUGGUGAAAAUAGUUUACAUUCCUUUCUAUGAAUGUAUCAAUCUGUUGAGUUCUCCAAGUUUGAAAAUAUAUGAAGGAAAUAUAUCUCUUUAGAUAGUGUAUUCACAUUCAUUUUGCAUAGAUGUAUAACUUUGAUGACAUAUGAUAUAACAAUUUAUUUAUCAUUUCCUCUAUUGUGAACAUCCAUGUUGUUACUGGACUAUUGUCAUUAAGAUAAAACUUUAAUAAAAAACUCGAUCCAUAAAAAAAAAAAA